CACAUGCAAACGAACAGUGCAUGAUGUAUCACAUGUGUGGUGGUGCAUUUAUGCUGUUAGCUUACUUUGCAACAACUGCUGUAAAUGAACAUUAGCUUUUGAACUAACCAAAAGCCUGACAAUGGUAACGUAAGUGAUGUGGGUGAUAGGAUCAAAUGAACCCUGAUGAAGUUUGCCAGUGAUCACAAGACCAUGUUGGAUGGGGCUUUGAGCAAUCUGGUGUAGUGGAAGUGUCUCUGCCUGUGGCAGAGGGGUUUGAACUAUAUGAGCUUUAAGUUCCCUUUCAGCUGAAUCCAUUCUAACUCGAGGUCCUUUCAAAGGAGGCUGGAGAACAGCUCUGUGUUAACGCUAUGACAUGAGAUCUGCAGCUGCUUUCAGUUCUGCAUGACUCUGAGCAGCCUUUUAGGAACAAACCCCAACCAAUAGAGAAGGUAAAUACCAGCUUUGCUGGGACUCUGCCUGGUGCUGCUCUUGCAGAAGUGACUCUGGGAGCUGUUUCAGCAGCACAUUUUUGCUUCUGGCAUGUAAAGUUCAAGUGUGCUGCCUUGUUAAAACAUUUUUUCCUUAUUUUAAAGAAUUCUUUUACCCCCUCAGCCACUGACUGACAUGGCUUCACUUACAAAAGUUAAAAUGUAGUAAAUACCUUCUAGAUUUUCACCUCAGGGAAAGCGUUUUUACUGGUUGUAUUUCAAUAAGACGUUAAAAAACAUGCUUGUGUGCAUUUUUUAAAUUGCUGUCAUUUCUCUCUGCACGACAGGCAGCAAAAGCUGAUGCUGCAGAGGUUGGUAUUGUACUUUUAACACGAGACUGACAGAAAAAUGGUCAGUUCUCUUGUUGCUCAUGUUUAAAUCCACGCCCUUAAGCUGUGAUUCAGCAAAUUCCCAGAGUAACCCUGGUUUGAAACCCGGGUUCCUCCUUCUCCUGUCCUGCCGGGGGUGGAUUUCCUCUUGAGAAGCCAAUGAACAAAAGCUUAUUUAUUUCUGGACGUGGUGAAGGGGAAACUUGCUCCAGCAUCUCUCCACCUCUUCCUGCAGAGUGCUAGGUCUCUUUUGCACUGAUCAGGUCAUGAAUGAAAAUAGAAGUGAGUAGCAGCAGAGCUGGGGUAUAAAAACUGUUUCAAACCGUGCUCCCUGGCUGUGUUCUACACUUCAUAAAUAAUAGCUCUCACCUCAUUUUAGCUACAAAGACAAGCAAAAGCAAGCUGCCUGUGUCUGUCUUCAGCAAACCUAAGUGCUCUCUCAGAGAGGCAGGACUGAGCACUCUUAUUAACUGACAUUAUUGAGGAAAUACGCUUGCUUGCUUCUUUUGGCUGCAAUUUUUGUGCUACAGUUGCGGCAGCAUCUUGAUGGGGAAGCUGAUCUCUAAAGACCGGCGCAAAAGAGAUGCUCGAGUUGUCAUGCUGGGGCUCGACUUGGCUGGCAAAUCCACCCUUCUGUACAAACUCAAGAGCGGCCAGGCUGUGGAGACCUGCCCAACGGUUGGCUUCAACGUGGAGUCUCUGCAGACACCCUGUGGUGUAUCCUUCACCCUCUGGGACAUUGGCGGACAAGACAGCCUGCGGGCAAGCUGGCCUGACUACCUGGAGGACACCAACACCCUCAUCUUCGUGCUCGACAGCACAGACACAGCACGGCUGCCUGAGGCGGCGGCAGCGCUGGAGGAUGCCCUGAGCCACCCCAGCAUGGCUGGCAUCCCCGUCCUCCUGCUGGCCAACAAGCAGGAUGUGCCGGGAGUGCUGGCUCCAGCCGAGCUGGAGGAGAAGCUGUGCUGGGGGCAGCUGGCCAGGCGCCGCUGGGUGCUCCAGGGAUGCAGUGCCCACACUGGGCAGGGCCUGCAGGAAGUCCUGGCCAUCCUGGGAUUGCUGCUGAGGGGUCUGGAGCAGAGCUUCCCGUCCCAAGAGCAGCCCUUCACAGGGCCAGUGGGGAGCAGGCAAGCUCCAGAGCAAACCUGAACCUCGGAACCAUCUUUCCCAAUCAUGGAGGAUCCCAGCCGCUGGAUACCCCCUAACCUGAGCAGAUCUGCAGCUGGUACACACCAUGGAAUGCCCAGCCACUCACCACUGAAACCCAAGACAACCUCUGAGCAGAACUCCCAUCAUGGAGCAUUCUUGGCCCCGUCGCUUGGACUCUCAUCACCGGCUGCAGUUUGUCUGCUUUUGCCAGGCUCUGUUCAUCCAUUGUGUGCAUGUCCAGUGCUUCAGUGGGGAUGCUUUUUGUCAGAUCGAUAUAAACUGUAACAGAGAUGUGCACAACAGACAGAAGAAGUUUUAUUCUUUCUGUGGCUCCCAGCCCAGAUGCAGAUAUCCUGAUGGGGUGAUCCCCACAGGGGGGUGUUUGAAUGUGUCCCACGCUGCUUCUGUCUUUGCUUGAAACACAUGUUCAUUGGCUGGAAAAGCAAACAGCCUCUAAAAGAAAUGGCUAAAUGGGAGCAGCAGAAGCGCAGGACUUGAAAUGUUAAGCUAAUUGAUGUUAGUGCAGCAUCUGCAGGUAUAAACUUCAAGGCAUGGAAGCAAGUAAGGAUUUGAUGGUGUAAUGCGGUUUGAGGAUGUGUAUGUAAUUUCUGCAUUUCUUGUUCUGGGUCUUUCUUUUCUACUCGCUGCUUUUAUCCAAACUGAUUUAAUGAAAAUGGUACCUCAUCUUCCUUGUAUUUUAUUUAAAUAUGAAGAAAUUAAACCUGA